CGAUUCAGUAUGUCCCAAGGAAAGUUAUCCUUCAAAACCACUAAGCAGAGCAGACGGGGACCGAUAAAGAAUUUAGAUGCUGGGGGCUUAACUAAUGAGACAGUAAAGAAUUUAAGAUCUACAGACGUACAGUCUCCUGGUAGCAAGAGGAAGUAUGCAUCCUCCCCCGAGAGUUCAUCUCCAGUGGCAAAGCCUCCUAAAACAGGUCACACACGUGUGAAGCGCGAACAGAAGCGUGUUAGACACACUCGCUCCUCCCACACUGCCUGCAAAACUCUCUUUGAUUAUGUGGCAUCAGAUAAAACUGAGAGUACAGAAAAAAAGCAGGAAGCAGAUGACGUCCCUGAAUCUGAAUCAGGUGGCACAGAAUCCCAUCUGGCGGCACCCAACUCAGAAGAAACAAUACCUGCUGAACUGGAACCAACUGUAGAACCUGUCCAGGAAGAAGAGACUGAGAAUACCAGUGAGGAGGUCACUCCAUCAGUAUCUCCUGAACCUGUCGUAUGUGAGGACAAGUCGACUCAAAACGACCCUCUCUUUUCCGCCAAGUCCUUCCUUAAGAAGAUGACUGUACCGAGAGAGGAGCCAGCUGAAGUCAAGGUAGCUUACAAGACAAACGGUGGCAAAAUGCUUGCAGCAGCUCUGGCCAAAAAGAAAGCAGGCGUUCCAGCCCACAAGAACGAUGUGAUAAGAGCUCUUGCAGCUAGAAAGGAGCUGUGUGUCCGUACACCCUCCCUCCCCUCCACCUGCUCUACUGAACCAACCUCGUCACGUGUUGUUGGAGAGAAGUCACGUGACACUACUGAGAAGUUGAUGAAGGUAACAGAGAAGUUGAGAGCGCGAGACAGAUUCGCUCACCUGAUAAAGCCAGCCUCGCCAAAGAUAAAACCAUUCAAAUCUAUCUCCAUCAGCUCUCCUACCAAAUCUCCCCUCAAGGAUGUGAAGGAGCUGAUUCUACCAGAGAUGUACAAACGUCUGCAAGACAAGUUCAACACUUCAGAUCAAGUUGUAAACUUGCUGGCUCGGCGCCAGGAAACUUGUACAUUCCAGAAACUCCAAAGAAAUGUCCAGGAAAUUUGCCGCAAGCGGUUCACAGAAGGAGAUCUGAGCACAGCAGUAGGAGUGUACACGGAAGCUUAUAUCCUAGCCCAAUGUAAAGGCCUCUCCCAGAUAAAGAACGACAGGACUGUUAGAAACGAGUACCAGCUCACUAUCGCAUUCAACUACCAGGAGACAGAGCACAUCAAGAAAGCACAAACUACUAACAUAUUUGGGUUACACCCAACUAUGGAUACGAAAAGAGUAAUUCAGUUCGAAGAUGAGCAGGGUGAUAGCAACAAACUGUCCGAAAAUGAGAAGAUUUCACUUUCUUUACAGAAGGAGAAACACGCCUUUAACCAGCGGGGUCUGGUAAGCGCUGAGCUGUUAGAGAGAAGUAAACGUUUCCAGAAGAGACUGCUCAAGUUUGUCCACUCUGCACACCAACUCUUCUUAUCUACUCUCGUACCUACUAUCAAGAUAGAUCCAGCCAAACUUACCAGGUGGCACCCGGAGUUUGAUCUGAACGGAUUGGAGCUACCUCCCCCUGCGGACCUCCCUAAACCUCCUGUGUCCAGUAGACUGCUAUCUGCUAAUGAAAUGUUACAACAGAUCGACAGUAACAAGGCUCUACCUCCUCCAGGGAUGCAGGAUGCUGUAGAUAAGAACCUACAAAAGGUGUUAUCAGAGAAGAAACAGCUGGACAAGAAGAAGGAGGAGCAGCUGAAGGGUAUAAACCCGGCCUUAGUUGCUAGGAUCAGGGCCAAGGAAGCUAAGAGAAUAGCUCAACAGAUGACACGUGAUCCUCAAACAGAUAAAGAGUUAGCGAUGGUAGAGCGACUGGAGCCGAUAAUCCGUUGUCUGAGAGUGUUGUAUGUUAGUGCAGGUAAAGGGUCCCUGUUGCUGUCAGAUGUUACACUGGAUAUUGCUAGUAACCCCAGCAUGACCAUGUCUCAGCCAGCCGUGGAGGAGCAUGUCAGACUCCUUAUCAAGAUCUGCCCAACUUGGCUGAGUAUGGCUAGCUUGAGGAAGAAGGAGUACCUGAAACUUAACCGAAACAUUGACACCAACAUUGUUCUCGACGCUGUGAAGAAUAAACACAACCAACUUAUGUCUUGAAGUGAAACAACUGCUACUAACUAGACUGUGUCAACGUAAAUUGUCAAUUAUUAUUUAAUUUGAACUUUUUUGUUUUAACCAAUCUGUUUAAACUCUGGGAUAUUCAAUAUUUUAAUAGAUCUUAACGAUUAUGAUAUGAUAGCUACUAUUAGUCAACUAAUUUAUCCUUAUUUAUGCAACAAAACUUUAUCAUAUUACUUGUUAUCUCUUUAACUUAUAAAAUGUGAGCUUGAGGAGGUCGUAUAAUUUUAAACUUAUCUGAUAUUUUGUAAAUUUAUUUAGUUUUAUCCACCAA